CAAACCAAUGACCGAAACGUCAUUCAUGGGUGUAGACUGGAUUUGCUAAUCUACAUUUUCCUAGAGUACGCUAAGAGUGAAUUUCUCCAGUCUAGUACUUUUUUUUAUAACUGUUGAAUCAUGUGUCCUUCCAUUUAACAACUGGCGCCCAGAGAACAAUUGGUUCUGUACUUCUCCCCUAAUACCAAAUAUCCAAGUAGAGGGCGUAUCCUGUAACUCUAUCGCCCAACACGCGCAUUCUUUACUUUAUACAGUUGUCCCGGAAGUGACUGAACAGUAAUUCUAGGAAUUGAAAAACAUCGUUGUAAUAAGUAAAGGUCAAUUUUUUAGUAUUGGUAAUGUAGUAUAAAAAUCGUACAGCGCAAAAGCAGGGCUGUAACUGUAACAACGCAGUCAAGUUUUGUAGAUGUGAGUUCCAUUAUCUUGUUUAAUAAUUGUUCUACCCCGACUGCUGAAAUUCUGCAGCCAGUAUCCUUUAAAAAAACAAAUCCGUUAUUAACCUCUGCUAGUGAUCAAGACAUUUUUUUCGGAAGCAUAAGGACAAUUCAAGGUCUGAGAAGUUCUGAGCAGUAAUAUUUCUCGGUGCUUUGCCAUGUCACGAUUACGACAUUAUUUUAAGGUAGCUGGCUGUUUCCAGAACUGUGUCACGAACUGGAGUAGGUUGAAAAAUGUUCAGCAUAUUACAGAGAGAUGGACUUCAUGCAAAUUCUUUCAAGUGUCAAGUGUACCUUUCUCACACAUCAGUCCACCAAAGGAUUAUGGUCUUCCAAACCCUAGCUGGAGCAAAGACAUGGUUAACCUUUUUAACAAGUACAUGGAGAAGGCAAAAGAUGGUACAUGGAAAAAGCUUCCUUCUUACAACAGAACCAUAAAGUUUGUGAGGGGUAUGGAUACAGAUAGCAAGUGCCGUCUUUUUUCAAGGAAUACAGAUAUUGAAGGCGCUGGAUUUGAAUAUGCCAUGUUCUACAAUAAAGUGGAAAAUAAAUUGUUUAGUAUCUUCCAGUUUGGGUACCUGUUGGAAGGCUUUCCUGGGCAUGUGCACGGUGGAGCCAUUGCUACAGCUAUUGAUGCUACUGCUGGCUCAUGUGCCUCGUGUUUUAUGGGAAGAGUGAUGACUGCCUACCUGAACCUCAACUUCAGAAACCCCACUCCUUUAGGCAGUACAGUUGUAGUAGACAACAAUGUGGAAAAAAUAGAGGGAAGAAAAGUCUUUCUUACCAGUCAGGUCCGCAGCAUAGAUGGAACAAAAAUUUAUGUUGAUGCCACAGCAUUAUUUAUCCAGCUGACAACAGAACAGUUAAGUGAGAUGGAGAAAGAAUUGGACAGUUACAUAUGAAGCUUCAAAACAGUUCCUCACAUAUUUUUGUGUAAAGCAAAUGAACUUAGCACUGGCUGUUUUUAUUGUCAUUAUUUUUCAUCUGCCACAUCCAUAUGACUAGUGAUCUUUGUAGACUACAGAACAGUGCAUGUCGUUUUCACUCCAGAGAUGUGAAGGAUGGGUGAGCUGAAAUUUCUAUUGAUGCAUUGCAAGGCAGGACACCACCACGGAGUGCUGAAUUCAGUUUAAAAUGCUGGAAGAUGAAGUAGCAACGAGAACAAAAUUAAUGCCAACUGGAAUAACAAAUAAUGACCUUGAAAAUGGAUUUUUACUGCAGGUCUGGUUAGUUUUACAUUUACUUAUGCUGCUGAACUUCUAUGCACCCUACCUCUCAGUCAUUCGGAAAUAAACUUUGGCUAUGCAUGUCGUUUCUUAUAUGAUGAUAUGUCAGUGUAUUACAUAAAUAAAAUGCCCACCAUGUAUCAUCUUGGA